AUGCUGUCUAAGGUAAUAAGCCGAGCAUCAAGCAUUUGGACUAAUGUCCCACAAGGCCCACCUGAUCCAAUUCUUGGUAUUUCAGAAGCUUUUAAGAGAGACACCAAUCCACGAAAAGUGAACUUAGGUGUUGGCGCUUACAGAGAUGAUGAUGGAAAGCCUUGGAUCCUCCCAUCAGUCAAAAAGGCUAAAGAAAUUCUCAUCAAUGCAAACUUAGACCAUGAAUAUUUACCAACAGAAGGCUUAAAUACUUUCAGACAAGCUGCAGCUCUGCUUGCAUACGGAAAUUGCCCUGAAGUUGCUGAAGGCAGAAUUGCUGCUCUUCAAGCCUUAUCUGGCACUGGCGCUUUAAGAAUUGGCUGUGCUUUCAUCAGCAGAUUCUACCCUCACAAUAAAAUUAUUUACGUUCCAAAACCAACCUGGGGAAACCAUAAAAACAUCGCAAGAGACGCAGGGCUUGAAGUAAGAGAAUAUUCCUAUUACUGCCCUACCAAAAAAGGACUAGACUUUGAAAGACUUUUAAGCGAAAUUGACGAAGCUCCUAGAAAUUCCAUCAUCCUCCUUCACGCUUGUGCCCACAACCCAACUGGCCAAGAUCCAUCCCAUGAGCAAUGGGCCCAAAUCCACGAAGUCAUUACCAGAAAGCAGCAUUUGGCUUUCUUUGACACUGCUUAUCAAGGCUUUGCAUCAGGAAGCACUGAUGAAGAUGCUUAUGGAUUAAGAUACUUUGUCAAGGAAAAGAGCCCAGUGCUUCUAGCUCAGAGCUUUGCAAAGAACUUUGGCUUGUAUGGAGAAAGAAUUGGCUUGUUUACAGCUGUGACUGAUUCCAGUGCAGAAACUGACAGAGUUGUAUCACAGUUGAAAAUAUUAGGCAGGGCUAUGUAUUCUAACCCACCGCUUUAUGGAGCAAGAAUUGUAAGCACUGUUCUGAAUACCCCAGAAUUAUAUAGGCAAUGGCAACAGGAUUUAGUCACGAUGUCAGGAAGAAUUAAAGCAAUGAGAUCUGCAUUGGUAGAAAAAUUGAAAGAAAAAGGAUCCCCACACGACUGGAGCCAUAUCACCAACCAAAUUGGAAUGUUCGCUUUUACUGGGCUGAAUGCUGAGCAGUCACAAACUCUGAUGACCAGGAACCACGUUUACUUGACACUUGAUGGCAGAAUUUCAAUUGCUGGGUUGAAUACUAAAAAUGUCGAGUAUGUAGCUGAUGCAAUUGAAACAGUCACAAGGAAUACAGCUAAAAUCUAA